AAAGCUGUCUUCCUUUCCCCUUCUUCAGGACAAGAUCUUCAGCUGGAAGGGGGUGCCUUGGGGUCCUGGGGGAAUACCCCCCUGCCCUCCUCCAGGGCCAGGGGACCAGCAUCUUCAGGCAGGAAAUACUCAGACCAUUGUGAGGCCCGGGCCUCCAGGCCUGGAAAGAGCCGCAUCCCUGGUCGUGACCACCGUCGAUACUACCACGACCACUGGCGGCUGGAGUACUUGAUGGACUUCAACCCUGCCCGGCAUGGCAUGGUGUGCAUGGUGUGUGGCAGCUCCCUGGCUACCCUCAAGCUCAGCACCAUCAAGCGGCACAUCCGCCAGAAGCACCCCUACUCCCUGCACUGGAGUCCCCGGGAGAAAGAAGUCAUCAGCAACAGCUGGGAUGCCCACCUGGGGCUGGGGGCCUGCGGCGAGGCCGAGGGCCUGGGGGUCCAGGGGCCUGAGGAGGAGGAGGAGGAGGAGGAGGAGGAAGAAGAGGAAGAGGAAGGGGCCAGCCUCCAAGCUUGUCCACCCAAGGGCUCAGGCAAAGCCUCAGCUGGUGGGGGCUGCCGGCGUCAGCGGCGAGGGGGCCCAGUGGCAUCCCGGCGCCGGAGACUCUCAGCCUCCCGGAGGGCUGGGGGCAGCAGGGGGCUGGGGGCCCGGCGCCUGGAGAGGAGGCUGAAGGAGUCCCUGCAGACCUGGUUCCGGGCUGAGUGUCUCAUGGACUAUGACCCGCGGGGGAACCGGCUGGUGUGCAUGGCUUGUGGCCACGCACUGCCCAGUCUGCACCUGGACGACAUCCGUGCCCACGUGCUGGAGGUGCACCCCAGCUCCCUGGGGCUCAAUGGCCCCCAGCGCAGUGCUCUGCUGCAGGCCUGGGGUGGCGAGGCUGAGGCGCUGUCUGAGCUCACCCGGCCCCCAGCAGACGAUGACCUCGCCCCCCAGGACCUGACCAGAAAGAGCCGGGACUCGGCCCCCGCUGCUGGAGCCCCCUCCUCUGGGGAUUUCAGCCCCCCAGACGUAAAGGAAGAGGCUGGCUGGGUCCCUGAGAGGCCGGAGCCCGCAGAGGAGGAGGAGCCGGAGGAGGGAGAGGGAGAGGGGGCGCGGGCAGGGGAGGCCCAGACCGCGCACUGCGGCCCAGGGCAGGAGGCGGGGCGCUGGGUCGGGCCUGCUGUGCCUGACCUCGGCGGCUCAGCGCUCGGGUUGCUGCCCCGCCCGCCCGGAGACAGUGCAAAGGGAUUAGCACUUUUUUCCUAG